GGACCUACCGAGCCAAAUUCUAAUUUAACAGGCCAUAGCGGACUGACAAUGACGAUGCGAUGGGCCGGCCUAUUCUUGCAGGCUUACCUGACGCUGGCUGCCGCCAUGUAUUUUGAUCUGGGUGAGCAGGAAGAGCGAUGCAUCAUCGAGGAGAUUCCCGAGGACGUGCUGGUGACGGGAUACUUCCUGUUGCAGCCCUGGGAUUUGAAGUCGUCCACCCACACGCCUCACCUCGGCGUCACUUUGACGGUCAGAGACCCCAGCCAUGAGGUUUUGAUGACCAAGCGCUACGGCAUCUUUGCUAAAUUCACCUUUACGGCACAUGAAUCUGGUCAGCACUUCCUCUGCUUCCAAACCAACUCGACUAGGUUCUCCGUUUUUGCUGGAGAACGUCUGAAGUUACAUUUGGAUGUUCAGAUAGGCGAGCACGUCAUGAAUCCAAAAGAUGACAGAGCCAAAGAUAACUUGAAGACGCUGGAAUACGGCCUGCAGCAUCUCAUCGAUCAGAUGGUGUACAUAACCAAGCAGCAGGAUUACCAGAGGGAAAAGGAGGAGCUCUUCCGUCAAAUCAGCGAGGACACAAACAGUACAGUGCUUUGGUGGGCUGUUGUGCAGAUCUCCCUCCUGAUCCUGGUCGGAUUCUGGCAGAUGAAGAGGCUCAAAGAUUUCUUCAUCGCUAAGAAGCUUGUCUGAAGCU